AUGCAGUUGACCACGAAAGUCCAACAGCUAUUCUUGUUUCUUGCCGUCAUUAAUGGCGAAAUAUCCUGCUCUCAUGGAACGGCGGUAGCUGCGCCCCCUGUUGCAGUACAGAAGACAGAGGGAGGAAAUCCAGUUGGUCAGCUUGUUGGAUAUGUGAAGGAUUCCGUUGUCCGCACUGUCGACGGAACAAAGGAAAUGUGGUCCAACCACGGACGCUGUAAAGAAAUACGAGGGAAACAAAAAGAACAUAGGGAGAAGUUGAAGAAGGAAUGGGAAUUCGAACUUGAACUUUCUCCUCAGGAGUUGAAGAAGAAGCUUCAAACCGUAAACGGUGGAAUCACAUAUGAUGAAUUCACCUUCCUCAGUAAAGGAAAGGAAGAUCGUGGUAAACUUAUGAACAUGGUUUUUAUGAUGUGGGGAGCACCCCGUUUCUUUCCGUAUGCCCUUAUGUUCUAUCCCGAUAUCCUUCCAGCUCCAUUCCAACCGCUUGCUAGUGGAUUGGCGAAAGAGACAAAGUGGCAGAAAGCUUCACGGCAACGAACUCAUUGUGUGAUUCAAACACUCCUGUCACUUGAAAAAGAAGCACACGAAACUCCUGCCUUGGCAAAGCUGAACAUUUUUGGCAAGAAGAAGCAACAACGAACGAUGGAGACGAUCGGAAGACUAGGUUUUACCAUUGGUGCGAUGAUGACUGCUCCUGGGGCAAAAGAUGGUGCUGGAGCGAAGCUGGCUAUGGAUGCCCUAAGCUCUGAGCUGUACAAGGAGGAACCCAUCACCAGAAAAGAGAAACGAUUGGUUGGCGUUCCAGAAUCCGUUGUUCUUGGGCUGACGAAAGCUGUAAACGGUCCAAAUCUAUUUACGUCAUUCCAGCCUAACUUCAUGCGGCGAGGAGCCGUCUUGACUCACAUUCAAAAGAUUACGGAGGCUGACAAGUUCUUGGUCAACGAGGAUGUAGAUCUUGAUGUUUUAUCGACUGCGACCCUUCUUGAGGCUUGCACAGAACGGAUGAUUGGAGGUCCUGGGCGGUCGAAGGAGGAAUUGCAAAAGGGUCUCUCGGACUGGCUGAAUUUGUCCGUGGUGGAGCCAUCAAACAGAAUCGCGACAUCGGGGGAAGAAUUCAACGAAAACUUUGCCAGGGCUGCUCUUUUGUGCUACUAUGCGCUUGAUGGGGCUCGAGAUGCAAGAUCUUCGUCUGCUUUACCCCGUCUUCUUUUCCGUGGCCAGCAAGAAUCAGCCAAAUUGGAUGAUUCUGAAGGAAAGAAACGUUGGAUGCGAUAG